UUGUGACGCAAGCACGCAGCGUGCUCGGUGCGCAGGCGCUUUCGGCGGCGAAUCGGCGGUUUCCGGUUCCGCCGCCCUCUUUCUCUUCAACCAGGCGGCCGAGCAGCAGACGCAGAGAUGCAGAUCUUUGUGAAGACCCUGACGGGCAAGACCAUCACCCUUGAGGUCGAGCCCAGUGACACCAUUGAGAAUGUCAAAGCCAAAAUCCAAGACAAGGAGGGCAUCCCACCUGACCAGCAGCGUCUGAUCUUCGCGGGCAAACAGCUGGAGGAUGGCCGCACUCUGUCAGACUACAAUAUCCAGAAAGAGUCCACCCUGCACUUGGUGCUUCGUCUGCGAGGCGGCAUCAUUGAGCCUUCCCUCCGCCAGCUCGCUCAGAAAUACAACUGCGACAAGAUGAUCUGCCGCAAGUGUUAUGCCCGCCUGCACCCCCGUGCUGUCAACUGCCGCAAGAAGAAGUGCGGCCACACCAACAACCUGCGCCCCAAGAAGAAGGUCAAGUAAAGCCCCUCCGCCGGCUUCUCCUUUGCCCACAGGGCGGCCUCCUGCCCAAGCCCCGUGGUCCUGGGGCCUCAAUAAAGUUUCCCUUUCGUUGACUGGAGCAGUAA